AACAUAUCAGUUUUCACUAACUGUUCAGCAAAUACAAACCUUUCUCAUACUAGCUCAAAAUUCAUAAUGCAAUUGAUCAAUUAUGUCUAUGUUUUAUCAUUAUUAUUUUUUUCAUGCAUUCAUUGUGGAAAAAUUCGGUUAGAAAAACUUUCCACUUUAUAUAUUCCAUCUUCUUAUGCAAACAAUGGAGCGCCGGUGUUUUCUCUCGAAGGAGGAGCGGCUGAACAAUCGGCGUAUGAUGCUAAGGAUAAAAUGGUAUACAUCGUAGGGGCUGCUAAAAUAAACGUCAUCGACAUAUCUCAAGUCGAUAACCCCAGAAUUGUGUAUCACCAAGUUUUGGGCGAUUUUGACCCGACUGACGUGGAAUUUUGUGGUGACCAUGUAUUUGUGUCUCUGGAUAAUAACCAAAACCGGGAAAUGGGUAAACUCGUCGUUUUCAAGAAGUAUGACGUCAAAUCUAACACACUGGAGGCUGUUCUCAAUAUCACUGUGGGCGCUCUACCAGAUAUGAUUCUGCCGACUUCGGACUGCAGGACUGUGUUGAUUGCAUUAGAGGCGGAAGCUUUUGCCAGAGAUGGUGAAUUGGUCGACCCUGAAGGAGGCGUAGGAAUGUUAAAGUUCCAGAGCUCUAAUAUAACAACCUCCAGCUACUCUUAUAAAAGGUUGAAUUUUCACCACUUUAACGACAGAUGGAACGAGCUGUCAAAAUCUGGUGUAAGGUUUAUUCAUAGAGAAAAGGGAAAUACAUUUUCCCAAGAUUUAGAACCAGAAUAUCUAUCCUACAGCGCAGAUGAAAGAAAAGCAUACGUCUGCCUCCAGGAAAACAAUGCCAUUGCUGUUGUGGAUUUACAAACGGAAAACAUAACAACUAUACACGGUCUCGGUUUUAAGGACUGGAGUCAACUCAGACUGGAUCCAAGCGACAAAGAUGGAGGCAUAUUCAUCCAAAGCUGGCCUGUUCACGGAAUCUACCAACCAGAUUCUAUCCACGUGGUCAAUGUACACGGGGUGGAAUAUCUAGUAACAUCAAAUGAAGGAGACAGCAAAGUCUACUCAGGUUUACCGCUAUCUUCUCCUGGGUUUUCUGAGGAAAUUUGCGUCAGGAAUUUGACACUAUCAGCGAAUUCUGAGGUACAAAAAUGGGCAAUUGCAAGAAACAUUUCAAAUAUCCAGGAUGACUCUAAAUUAGGUAGAUUGAAAGUUACAACAGAAAAUGGAAAACUUCCUGAUGGAACAUACGACAAAUUGUACACGUUUGGUGGACGUGGCUUCUCAAUAUGGCACACUGAUUCAAUGACUAAGGUAUAUGAUAGUGGAAGCGACAUUGAAGACGCGCUUGCGCAGUUGCAACCCCAUUUAUUCAACGCUGAAAUGCAGAGUGACGAAAUUAUUGGACAUACAGCUGAUCUCCGUUCUGAUAACAAGGGACCUGAGACAGAAAGCUCAGCUGUAGUUCACGAUGGGAACAAAAUCGUUGUCUUCAUUGGAAACGAGAGACCUGGUUCUAUAAGUAUAUUCUCUUUCCACGGAGACAUGACCAGUGCCUCGUUAGAGAGUGUAUUCUGGGAUGUCUCGGAUACAAAAGAAACUUGGAGGGAUGCUUUUAAACAAAGAUCUAUCAGUAGUAUAGAUCCCGAAGAUAUAAGAUUUAUCCCCCCUGAGCAUAGUCCGAAUGGUCAACCUUUGUUACUCGUAGCAGGAGCCGUAAGUGGAACGCUGACCUUAUUAAGAGUGACAGGACUCGAACAUCAAAAUCCCAACAUAAAAAUCCCAGUCGUAGGGUAAAUACUAAGUAUUCCAUCUAAACAAAGCACGAUAUUUUAGUUGUGUGUCGUCGUAUGCGUUUUAUAGGACAGUUGUGUGUCGUCGUGUGCGUUUUAUAACACAUUUGCGUGUCGUUGUGUGCGUUUUAUAGGACAUAUUAUCACUUAAUAUUAUUACAUCCUUUAUGUGUACUCAUAACCUACUGAUAUUGUAUACUCUCUAGAAUUUUACAUUCACUUGCAUGUUCCUUUGUAAUAAAAAUAUUCAGAACA